AGUGAUUAAGGUACUAAUUUUAUAAAAUUAAUUAAUGCGAUCAGUAUUGCACACAUACGUAUUUAGUAUGGAGUAUUACACUACACACAUAAAGAUUAAUCCAUUAUACUCCGUAACUAAUUAAUUAGUGCUGCAUGCGUGCAUGCGGGCACUUUUAUUUAUUUAUUUAUAAUUUAUUAUAAACAAUAUAGGUAGGUAGGUGAAAAUAGUAGCUAGAAUAAAGAAAUGAAAUCAAACGAAAGAAGUGACAGAAGUUGUGUAGAUCCCAGCUGGCUUCCAGGUGGCAGGGAUGACGUCAGUGGCGGUGAGGGUGCGGCCAGCGUCAUCUGUGAGUAUGAUGGAGAUGGGUUCCUGGGUGCUGAGUCCGGGUGCGGGAACGUCAGCCUUAUAAACCACACCCCAGGACUGGACCAUGCUUAUCAACGUCCCGUUCGAACCCUGCUUCAGCUGAACCCGGCUCAGUGUUCCCUCUCCUCCCACGUAUUUUAUCGCCACUGCGAAAUAGUAGGGGCUCGAACCCGAGUCCACAGUGAAGGUCAGUGGCGUCGUCCCCCAAUUGCAAUCAACU